UGUUCGAGAGGCCAGCGCGCUCGGUGGUUCGAAAUCGGGAAGUCGGUCCUCGCGAAGCGGCGUUUCCACCGAGGGCGCCUCUUCCGGUGGAUACGGUCGCGAUUGGUCGGAGUCGGGACCGAGAUCUAAGAGCGGUGCGCGCGGCCGCCAUCUUGGACCCGCGCAGAGGGACGCACCCCCGGCGGGAUCCGACGGUAAGAGUGGAAUCUUAAGAGCUGGAAAAAGUGACGCGGGUUGAGGGGAUACUAAAAUCCAUCGGUCAGUGAUUGUGAGAGUUAUUUAGUGAAACCGAGUGUGGGAAAAGACAGGAAGAGCGAGUCGUUUCAAGCGGGGGUUCGAGGGAGAAUCUUCACCCCGGCCGGGUCCAACGGAAAGCGGGGUGACUUUGCUCGCCGAUAGUGGAAACUACCCGUGGCGGGUAAAUCGAGAAAACCGGAGUUUCGGACUGUCGGGGAGGGUGACUAAUGUGUUUAUUCGGUUAAAAUCGAGACUCGACGGGGAUACGAGGGGAUCCCCUCCGCCGGGUCCAGCGGAAAGUGCCAUUCACCGUCUCGCCAGUAAGGAAGGAGAAACAUUCGCCCGGUCGUAAACAUGGACGUCGGUUAUUCAAUUUAAACCACGUUUAAACUCGUUCGCGCCUUUUCGCUCCGACGGAAAUCGGAACCGUUUCCCCUGGAGCCGGCGCCUCUAAUUGGCUGCGCUAAUCGAGGAUGCGCGCGCAGCUGCCCCGCGCGGCCCUUUUAUGAAGCUCGCCUCGGGGUGGUAUUCUCUCGAGUUAUUUUUCGAGAGGAGCCUCCUCAAAGGCGCCGCCGAUAAUUGGAAGAAAGUCGUACCGGUCGACGGGGCGAGAGGCGGGAUCGCCGAUUUAGAAAGCAUCGCCGUGGGAAGCGCGCGACGCAGCCUGCGCGGCUCCUCGUGAAAUCGGCCCGACCUGGAAUGCGCAUGCGCGGGGACGCUUCCCUCUCUCUAUCUCUCUUGGCGUAACCGAGAGACGAUUUUUCGAAAUAUCGGGAUAAUUGGCGCAGGAAUUGAGACGAUUUUUAGAGAUCGGGGCGAUUUUUAGAAAUAUCAAGACGAUUGGUAGAGGAAUUUAAACGAUUUUUAGAGAUCGAGGCGAUUUUUAGAAAUAUCAAGACGAUUGAUGGAGGAAUUUAAACGAUUUUUAGAUAUCGAGGCGAUUUUUAGAGGGAUCGAGAGGAUUUAACGCCAGGAUUAAUUUAUGAUGGGCCUCAUCGAAGGAUUUAAAAAUCCAGUUUUAUAAUUUGGCGAUCGAGGGAAACGGCUCGUAACCUCACCGGGCGGAGACGGUCAGUCGGGUUGCAUACGUUGUGGGGCUCGGAUCAAAGGUCGCCUUAACCUCCCCUGAUAGAAACGGUCAGUUGGUUCGCGGACGUCGUCGAGAGCGGAUCAGAGGGCGCCAUAACCUCCCCCGAUAGAAACGGUCAGUCGGGUUGCGGACGUCGUGGGAAGUGGAUCAGAGGUCGUCCUAACCUCCAAAGAAGUUCCUGCCGAUGAGAGGCGCCUACCAGGGUGCACCGCGAGGGUCACCUUCUAGACCGUUCGGCGCAGUUCGAGGUCGGCACGCGGCCAGGUCGGUCCACUCGGGAGAAUCCCGAAGGAUGGGGUGAGGUUAUCUCCGCGUCGAGGGCGGAUGUCGCGUGGCUGAGGGCGGCGCCGCCGUCGCGGCCGGAACCAGUCGCACGCCGGCCCCAAGAUGCUCAACUGCACCGACCUCGAGUGCAUCCUGCACCACCACCACUACUACGCUCAUCUGCACCAGCUCCAGCCGCACCUGAGGCAGGACCGAGAGAGAGAUGCACUUUCCACAGCUGCGGAGGAUGUCGGCGAUGGGAUCCAGGGCCACGAAAACGACACCGAUUCCUUGCAAUCAUUGUCACACCUCGAUCCACCUGUUGAUAGCGUGUAUAUGAUAUGCGGCGUUUUGAUCGCUAUGGUGUUGGUCGGCGUUAUCAUCGUCUUGCUGGCCGUUACCAUCAGCAAGCUGCGGAAGAGGGAGGACCACGGGAACUCCGUCCACCCCGAGGGCAGCGUCGUACAGACCGCCACCCAGGUCUCCACCAUCAUGGCCGCCUCCGAGGGCUGCUGCACCAACGACCUGGUCGCCAGCGAGACCGACGCUCCCGCUUAUGCCGCCGAUCAGUUCGUCUGGCAGUUUCCCCCGCCCUACCCCCCGCCGCACACACCCCCGCCCCAGUACUCGCUGUACAACGACCAGGAUACUCUCGUACACGCUCUACCCUCGGACAGGCCGGGAUUCGCGAAAGGGUUCCGGAAGAACCUCGGGGGGCGCUGGCGUCGCUUGGUGAAGAGGAAACCCGAGUCGGAGACCUGCGCCAUUCCGCCGGAGCUGAAGGACCAGCUUAAGACCAUCUACGUCUAUUGACAGAGCCAUGGCCCUGCCAAGCUUCGUCCAAUAACCCUUCCACUUGGAGAACACACCGACGACGCUUUCCCGAAUCGCAAGAUGGCGGACGAAGAGGAGGAAGAGGCGAGGCCGAGCGAAGAGGCUGGAACGGCGACGAAGAAGGGAGAACAAUGGAGGAAGAUCGAUGAAAAUGCGCCCUUAGAUGUCUAGAUUGUACAUAUAGAUGUUAAGGGGACGAGGGAAAGCGGAUAAGGGCGAGGUUUUGUCGUUUAUUCCUUCGCAGACGCUUCGAGGGGAGAUCCAAGAUGGCGUCUUUUACACGACGACCCGUCCGCGGGUUUUGCCCUUUUUUUCAUGCUUUUCAUCGCUUUGCGGUUUGACGAAGCGUCUGGGAGGGGAAGUUGUCAUCUUGGAAUUGUCGUCCGGUUCUUUUUGGAGACGUUGGGGGUUAUGACGUGCCGCGAAAUGUGCGUAAUUGACUAGACGGGGACCUCUUGGGUACAUAUCGAAUAGUGCCUAAAUACGUCCAAGGUCGGCGGGGAACGACUACGACGACAUCUUUGGUGUCGGGUGUGCCUUUGGCAGCGAAUCUCUCUCUGGCGAUUCUCUGGCCGAUUCCUAAAAUUAGCGCGACGUCCCUCCCUGACGACCUUUGAUGAUGAGAGCCGGCCGCGGGGGGAGGAGGGAUUGAUUAGGGAUAUUGAUAGUCUGAUAGGGACGCGGAGAGGUUUCGUAUGUAACAUUCGAUUUGAUAGGAGAAUGGAGAGUUUGAUAUGAUAAUAGUUUAAUUGGGGAAAUUGAGAGUACGAUGUAAAAAAAAAAAAUUAAGAUAGAGGUUUGAUAUGUAACAUUCGGUUUGAUAGGAGAAUGAUUGUUUGAUAUGGUAAUAGAUGGGUUUAAUUGGAGAGAUUGAGAGUACGAUGUAAAGAAAAAAAUUAAGAUAGAGGUUUGAUAGGAGAAUGAUAGUUUGAUAUGAUAAUAGUUUAAUUGGAGAAAUUGAGAGUUCGAUGUGAAAAAGAGUAAAGAUAGAGAGGUUUGAUAAGAGAAGGGUUUCGAUAGGAUAGGAAUAGGAGGGAAUCAGGAGAAAGGGGGAGCAUGAAAAAGAAAUAAGAAAAAGAUGGAGAGUCGGCGAGAAAGUGCCUUCCAGACGCGACUCUCCGCCCUCGCCCAAGCCGGCAGGAAGGAACCAUUAAUGAGACUGAGAAAAAAAAAAUACCCGUAAAAAGAGUACUACAAAGCGAGUUACCUCUCGUGUAGCUUUUUGUGUACGUUUUUACACGCGUAGAAAUUCGCCGAAUCAAUCUAGUAUUAUGUGUAACCGAGGUAGCGAGAGUGGAAGAAUGAGAGGAAGAGAGUCGCUAUUGUUCGAGAUGGCAAACCUGAGAGAGAUAUUAAUUUUAUUUUUAAACCCAUAUUUUUUAUCGAUGAAAUUUCCAUUUUCGAUUCUACCACAUUUAUUGUUACAAUUCCCCUCGUUGUGAUAUCUGAAAUUUUUAUUCCCACGAAUUGUACAAUUUCUCCCUAUUGUCUCUCAUUUAUACCGAUGGAAUUAUCCUUAUCAAUUAAUUCCUAAAGUGAAGAAAAAAAAAUAGAGCAAUCGAUUCGUCUCUAGGUUUGCUUCUAAAACUUCAGCGAUGGAGCGAAAGCGACGGCGCGAAAGUGAGGGGGAGAGAAAGAGAGAGAGCGACUGCCGACGCGUAAUUCGGCGGUGCACCGUUUCUGUAAAUAGAUGUAUAAAGCAAUAAUUGCGCACGUGGAACCUUUACUUGAUAGUGAACGAACGGAAAGCGCUAAUCGAGGUUAAUGCGAUUAAUUGAUAAUCGAGAAUGCCGUCUCGCGACGUAGAAUUAGCGCUUGGCCGGAUUUUAAGACUAUUAACGUCACGACGGCUCAUAUUGAGUCCCUACUACACGCUAACAAUGGUAUUUUAAUUGAUUUGUUGUAUUACGCGAGUACCGCUGGACGCAGCGAGGCUGGUCGUGGCUUGGCGAGGCCGAUUAAGGGGGUGCGAAAGCGGCGGCGAUUUUUUAACGGAGGUUACUUCACUUGUAUCGAUCGCCCCCUCGACCGAGCUUUGUGGUUAUUCCUCCCGUCGAAGAGUUUAGACAUUUUUGUGGAAGUUCGUUCUGUGGAAAAGGAUUUCGAGGUGUAAUUCUAUGGUUUUUAAAUCUUGACACACACCGUGGUUUUUAAAUUUUAAUUAAUAGUGUCACGGUCGCGACCGCCGCCAUCUUGGUAAGCCAGCGCCGCAAGAUCGUGGUUGUUAAAUUCGAUAAAGAUCCUGGAGAGGGAUUUUAAAUAAUAUGUAAAGUAACUCCGUGGUUUUGAAAUGUUAAGAGGCGACAUAUGAGUGGAAAUACUCUGACCCACGCCAUGGUUUUUAAAUCUUAGAGAGUAGGGGCACGGUCGCGGCCGCCGCCAUCUUGGUAAGCCAGCGCUGCAAGCUCGUGGUUAUCAGAUUCGAUAAAGAUCCUGGAGAGGGAUUUUAAAUAAUAUGUAAAGUAACUCCGUGGUUUUGAAAUGUUAAGAGGCGACAUAUGAGUGGAAAUACUCUGACCCACGCCAUGGUUUUUAAAUCUUAGAGAGUAGGGGCACGGUCGCGGCCGCCGCCAUCUUGGUAAGCCAAUUCGGCAUCGAGUACUUCUUUUUAAUUUCUUGUCGGCUUCCACGGAGAUCUCUGAAUUGUUUGCCCCUGUACUCCCGUCCUUUGUGUUGACCUAGAAUGGAUAUACGCGCGCGUCUGCGUUUAAUUUAAGGCGGAAAA